AAUUCCCUUUCUUCGUGUUUUUCUUAAUCAUGUUUGCUCUUCGUCGUGCUGCUCUUUCCGCCCUUCCCCGUGUUGCCCGCACUACUUCCGCUGUGGCGGCUGUGCGUCCCUUGGUUCGACCAGCAUCUCUUGCCACCCAGUCGACCUUGAUGUCGCGUUCCUUGUCAACGACCACCGAACGUCCCCGCGCCACCAUUCAACAUGCUGCUCCUCAGUGGACGGCUGAUGCUCUUGUGCAAGGUGAAUUCAAGAAGUUGUCAUUGGCAGAUUACAAGAACAAAUUCGUCGUCAUGGUGUUUUAUCCUGCCGAUUUCACUUUUGUUUGUCCCACUGAGUUACUCGCUUUUAGCGAUCGCAUUGAUGAGUUCCGUGCGCUCGGUGCCGAAGUCGUUGGUAUCAGUGUUGACAACGUUCACUCUCAUUUGGCAUGGACCAACCUUCCCAGAAACAAGGGUGGCCUUGGUGAUAUCCAGAUUCCUCUCAUUUCCGAUAUCAAAAAGGAAAUUGCCACUGAUUACAAUGUAUUGAUUCCUGAUGCUGGUCUCGCUUUGCGUGGUUUGUUCGUGAUCGAUCCCAAGGGCACCCUUCGUGUUGCUCACAUCCACGAUUUGCCUAUUGGACGAUCAGUCGACGAAACAUUGAGAGUCAUUGAAGCCAUCAAGUUCACUGACGAGCACGGUGAGGUCUGUCCUGCCAACUGGCGCAAGGGUGACAAGACCAUCAAGGCCAACCCCAAGGAUUCUCAAGCCUACUUUGAGGCAGUCAACAAGUAAAAAAUAGACCAAUAAAACCAUUCUUUUCCCCCCGUGGGCAAUGGCAGUUGCUGUGUUUUGUCUGUCAUUGCGAACAAUCGACAAAUAGAGUUAGUCUAUUGCAUCAUUUGCAUUGCCCGAUUGUUCGGUUUUAUCACCACUGCAGCUCAGAAAAAAGCGCCUUUUUUUUUUUAAAUAUUCUAUGUAUAGCGUCGCUUGUUCCUGUGCCGUAUCCGUGUCUCCAAUCAAUCCAAGCUUUCACGCCUGCCAAAUAAUAAUGAGAAUAAAAAGACAUCAAGAUGCAAGGUUAUUGUUACAGGUGGGAAUUAUUCUUUUUUUUUUUUUUUUUUAGUUGUUUGCUUUUUUCAUUUCUUCUUG